ACGCUUCAAAAAGCUUGAUCUGCCCAUCACUACAGACAGGAAGUGAGCAAAGGCAGUCAAGGUCCAGGCUGGGUUCCAUACACAAGGCAGAGUCAAAAGGCACCGACUGGGAGCAGGCAGGACACAAGGGUCGAUACACAAAAGGACUUACUUGGCUGAAAGUAGACACACAAACAUGAACUAACAAUCUGGCAGCGAGUGUGGUGAGUACUGGGGUCUAAAUACCUCACUGACUACUGAUUGACUACGGCUGAUGAAUCAAGUGACUGCAUAGUGAAACGGGAGGGAACCAGAGCAGACAGGAACUAAACAGGAAGUGAAAAUAAAACAGGAGACCACAAACAGGAAACGAUAACGACCAAAUCAUAACUGACCAAAUGCUGAGGCACGACACUGGCGAUACUAGUGAAGUACAGCAGCAACACCACUGUCCUGCUGCUCCUCAUCUCUGGUUUGCUCCACAAUCUCCCACCUGGUUAAUUGGUUCUGCGACAGUGUCUGUGGAUGUGAAGAUGGAGCUGACUUUGCUCUGUGUACUGUCAUUAUUCUUGCUGUAUGCAAAUAUCUACGGAAAUGAUGCUGAUGCUGUGUUGACCCUUGAACCCAACUGGUCCAGAUUUGUUCCUGGAGAGUCUGUGACCUUCACAUGUGACAUGAAGGAGGGAGAAAAUACUGACUGGGAAAUUAGAUUCAUCAAAGAUGGAGGAGAUUUUUAUCAUUACGGUUCACAUCCAACACUAACAUUAAAUAAUCUAGUUACAGGACGCAGUGGUGAAUAUCAGUGCUCUGGUCACCACAAGAUUAAUAAUCAUACAAAAACCAGUAAAUCAAUCUAUUUAACUGUAUCAGCAGAACCACCCAAAGCCAGACUGACUGCAGGUCCAUCAACCAUAUCAGUAGGAGGCAGCGUGACACUGAGCUGCUCUGUGGACGACUCUGAUGGAUGGAAAUAUGUCUGGUUCAGACGGACAUCAAACACUUAUGUGACACCAGCAGGUGAUGGAGACAACAGAGAAAUCAGAGUCACACAAGGAGGAAAAUACACGUGCAUAGGAAGAAGAGGAGAACCAGCUGUUUACACUUAUGCUAGUAAUGAUGUCACCAUCAAGAUAACUUAUUCUAAUUCUGUGUCUGUGAGUCUGCAACUGGACUGGACUCAGGUGAUCAGAGGUCAGAUCACUGUUAGAUGUGAGAUCCAGGGAGGUGGAGACACUCAGUGGGUUUAUGACUGGGAAACAACCAGUGGACAAACAAUCACACAGAGAACAGUCACUAAUUACUGGACAGUGUCUGCGUUCAGCAGUGGAGGCUACAGGUGCAGAGGAACAAACAGCCAGGACUCAGAUUCUUCAACAUGGUGGAGUGAAGCUGCUGCACUGACAGUAUCAGGUGCUGUGUUGACCUUUGACCCCAGCUGGUCCAGGUAUUUUACUGGAGAGUCUGUGACCUUCACAUGUGACAUGAAGGACGACAAACGCACUGACUGGGAAACCAGACUCAUCAAAGAUGGAGGAGAAAUAGCUUCAUAUAGUGGAUACAGAAUAAAAGCUCUGUCUACAAGAGACAGUGGUAGAUACCAGUGUUUUAGUGUCCACAGAAAAACAAAUCACAUAAAAACCAGUGAAACCAUCGAGUUAAUUGUAUCAGAUAAACCCAGAGCCUCACUGACAUCAGACAACACAGUCAUAGCAGCAAGAGGCAGCGUGACACUGAGCUGCUCUGUGGACGGUUCUGAUGGAUGGAAAUACGACUGGUUCAGAUCAGCAGCUCUGAUCAGAACAAACAGUGAAUCUAGUAUCAGAAUCACAGAUGGAGGCAACUAUUACUGCAGAGGAGGAAGAGGAAACCCAGUUUACUACACAGAGAACAGUGUCUCAGUCACUGUUGAUAAAACAGUUUCCAACAAGGCUGCUGUAAAAAGGCAGCAUGACUGGCCUGAGAUAUUCAAAGGAGAGGAGAUCACUCUGACAUGUGAGAUCCAGGCUGGAGGAGACACUGAGUGGGAAUAUGAAUGGACCCGAGGCCAACGUAAGAAGAACUCCAGAUGGGAGGAAACUCUGGUUUUCACUGCUUCUGGUUCCAGUAGUGGAGACUACAAGUGUAGGGGUCGACAGAAAAACAACAGUUAUUCCUUCACAGCAUGGAGUGAUCCUCUACGUUUGACAGUAACAGAUAAAGCCCAGUGUGUCCUCACAGCGUCUCCAUCUUGGCUGAGUCCUGGAGCCUCAGUAGCUCUGAGCUGUGAGGUUGAGCCUCCAUCUGCAGGAUGGAGGUUCUACUGGUACCAGACUGUUCCUGAUGGCUCACACAGCUCCUACAGAUAUGAGCUGCUACCUGGUAGUGAGCAUGGGACUGAACAGGGCUCCUACAUGCUUGAUGGACACACACACACAGCAGGAUAUGUGUGUAGAGCUGCAAGAGGAGAACCAGUGUAUUACACUGACUACAGCAAAGCAGCAUUCGUCUGGUCUGGAGAUGUUGAUCCGUCAGCGUCUCUCACAGUGAGUCCUGACACAGUUCAACACUUCACCCGUGACUCUGUGUCACUGAGCUGUGAGGGAAACUCUACUGAGUGGAGAGUCAGGAGGUUUCCUGAAGGAGGCUUCCUGUCAUCCUGCUCCAACUGGACAACAUCUGGAUCCAGAUGUGACAUCAUCACAUCACAGUCUGGUUCUGCAGUGUUCUGGUGUGAGUCUGGAUCAGGACACUUCAGUAACUCAGUCAACAUCACUGUUCAUGAUGCAGGUUUGAUCCUGAUGAGUCCUGUCCGUCCUGUGACUGAGGGACUCUCUGUGAGUCUGAGCUGUAAGUUGAAGACAGGACAAAAAGCUUCCAGUGUGUUUUUCUAUCACAAUGAGCAACUGAUCCAAAACGACAGCAGAGUAGAGCUGAACAUCUCUGCAGUGUCAAAGUCACAUGAAGGUUUCUACAAGUGUUGGUACCAAGGAACAGAGUCUCCACACAGCUGGAUGGCAGUGAACGGUUUCAGUCCUGAAGCUCCAUCAUUUUCUGCCUCCUUUACUGUUGGACUGGUUGUUAGACUUUCAGUGAUUGUUUUCCUGCUGCUGCUGCUGUUGUGUGUUUGGAGAAACAUGAAAGCACACAGAAGUGUGAGCACUGAUAAAAGCUCUGCUACACAGCAAACAGUCAACCAGCUUGAACCUCAGCUUUACUCCUCUCUGCUCCACGAUUCAUAAAGAGAAGUUGAUCAAAACAAGAACCACAAGACGACAACGUUCUGUUAAGACAAUGCUGAGACUGUUUACGGCAUUUAUAAAGUUACUGUUUAACAUAUGAGGACGUGUUUUUAGUGGUUGUGGCCCCAGAGCCAGAAGGAGCCGGGGGUCUCUGCUGUUUCCAUGGUAACAAAAUAAUGGCUGGCUGCAGCCCCAGCUUUGUCAUUUCAUGUGUCAUAAUGUAUGUUUGCUAUUUAUAUUGUUGAAGUGUGAUUCAUUAUGUUUAUUUGAAUAUAGUUUGAAACAUUAUUAUCUUCAGCAUAUUGAUGUUAAAGUUCAUCACCUGGUGGAUGGAAGUUACUUUAGGUGCUUUUUGUUUCUUUCUGUUAUUUUAGCUUUGGACUAUUGACAAAUAUAUUUUAGAUUUACUGGAUAACGUUACGUAUGUUAAUGAUGUUAAUUGAAGCAUGGCUUGUGAUCUGACUGAGUGGAUCUGUAAAUAACCUACACACAAGCAGUGAAGUAAACACCAUAUAAAAUAUAAUAUGAUGCAGUUUUCAAACACAUUUUGAAUCUAUUGAUAUAAAUACUUUCUAUGUAAUUCUCCUCAUUCUGGUCGCUGAGUGACUAAGUGACUGGUUUUUAUUUCCUCACUUUGUUUAAACCAGAAAACUCCAAAGCUCCUGCCUCAGGACGUACCAACGUUUACUAGUGACUCACUGAGCUUUUCUUUUUGUCAUUAAUACUUACAAGUCGACCAUUUAAUCUUAAAUUAUAUGGAGACAAUGAGGAGAAAGAAAUUAAAGACGUCUUGUUCUCAUCCAGUGUUGUGAUAUUUUACCUUGGUUUCUCUUGCUUGGAUACUUUGUCUUUUUAUCUCUGUACAUUCUGUAUUAUUCUGUAUUAUUAACCAUCAGCAGAUAGAAGCCAACAGUGGGUUUAUGGGUUAUUGUAUGAUUUUGAUGCAUGUUUUUAUUUUGCUGUUAACGUUAUCGCUGAGCGUGUAUCAGAACCAUCCCUGCUUUAUUCCUGCUUCAACUGUGGCUCAUUUUCCACAUCCAAAUCUUCCAUUGAUGUGUGUCAUUAGUGAGGCCUGGUAGCUCAGUGGGCAUCGGCCAGAGAAAGGAAAGCUUCCUGGUUCCAGCCCUGCCGCUGACACUUCACACUAGCUCCCCAGGUGUGUGUGUGGCAGCCCACUGCUGGGUUAAAUGCAGAGGACACGUUUCAUUGUGUGACAAGUGAUGAAUAAAGUUUCAUUAUUGGGUCCAGGUCUGUGUGUGUGCACCCUGGUUGUCUUAUCUUUUUCAACUAGUUCUAUUCUAACAUCAUUCAGUGAUAAUGGUUUUAGCUGAAUUUUGUUUAUGUGUCAUCAUCAUUCACUGUACCUGCUGUUUGUAUUGCUGUAUGGCAAUUUUUACGGAGUAUAUUUACAAUAAAUGAUGUUGACCCUCCA